GUUUGUUUCUCUGCUUGUGCUCGCGGUGAAGGGAGUUCGUACAGUGAAGCGUGGGUUAUGAACGUUAGUUUUACGAACUCGGUUCGAAUGCGAUAAAAACAACUUUAGGAUUUGCGUUGAGGAACAAUCUGAUUGGUUAAAAACACGCAAAAUCGAACUGACGUGGUAGUGAGGCGGUUAUUUCUGGUUGGUCACCGAUCAUCUGGUGGCUGUCGUAUGUCACUGACCAGUUGCCGCACUUGAGUAAAAUGGGGAAACAUCGUAAAAAACGUGCAAAAGGAAACCAAAAUGGCCAACCUCCAGGACCUGGUCCUCAGCAGGGGGUGCGUCCUGCAGCACCCGCUCCUGCGCUGCCCAGGCCUAUUCUUCCUCAAGGAGGGGUUCGCGCUCCUGCUCCCGGUCGCCCGAUGAGGAAACAUCGUAAAAAACGUGCAAAAGGAAACCAAAAUGGCAAACCUCCGGGGCCUGGACCUCAGUGUGUGGUGCGUCCUGCAGCACCCGCUCCUGCGCCGCCAAAAGUGCGCUGGCCCAGGCCUCAUCCUCCUCACGGCGGGGUUCGCGCUCUAUUGCCUACUCCCGGUCGCCCGAUGGGUCUGCCGGGUCAAAGGUUUCCUAGGCCCCCACACAACUUCGGACCGCAGCCCUCGAGGAUGAUGAUGAUGAUGGACAACAUGGCCGAUGACAGACGGUUUAUGAAUGUACGCCCGCCGCUGCUUGAUGUUGAUCCGCGCUUUAAGUGCGGACCGCGCUUCCGCCCACCAGAGUUUGAUGAUCGACCAGCUUUCCCCAUGAUGAAUCCUGGAUUCGCCCCGAUGGAGCGGUUUGGUCCAAGAGACCCACAUUUUAUGCAACCAAUGGAUGUACAUAACGUUCCUCUCCCCGGGAUAGCAUGUCCACCCCAAUCUCAGAAGAAAAAAGAUCAGCCAGCACUGAAAGACACCAAGAUCAAUUCUCCCAAGACGAUGGCAUCAAAAUUAUCAACGUUCAAGAAUAUUACAGCAAACGUGCCCCGUGGACGCUCACUGGGAAUCAUUUCAUUUAUUGGUAAUAAUUGUGGUUUCAUUGAACGGGAGGAUCUGAAGAAAUUUUCGUUUGUCUUUGAUGCCUUUUUUGGAAUACGAUCACACCUGGUGCCUGGGGUUAAAGUGCAUUUUACUGCCGUGAAAAAUCUGGGAAAAGAAUGUGCAGUUGAUGUGAAAGUGGCCCCAAGAGGAACAGAGGACAUUGACAGUACAGUGUAUGAAGGCGUUGUUACUACAGCCCUUCCUGAUGGCAAAGUCAAGGAGCCUAAUCCUGGCUGCAUCAGGACCAUUCUCUCUGUGGAUCCCGUUAAACUGCCCUUCGGAAAGCAGGACACCAAUGUGACUCUUCUGCUGUAUGAUCGUGUGGAGUUCCAGUUGCUGACAGAUCUUAUUACUAGGGAACAAAGAGCCACACACAUCAAACCAAAAACACCAGAAACUUUUCAGCUCACUAAGGAAAUCAGAGAGAUGGGUGUGAUCAUGAACAAGACUGAUGGAACCCUGACCAUUAUGACAGAGACAUACAAUAACCUGACUGCUUCGGCUGCUGACAGUUUAUCUGAAGAUGAACUUGACGUCAUGGAUGAAGUGGAGCUAACUGUUAUAACCGUGAACGACACAAAGAAGGCGGUCCGACUCAAAAAGCUACCUGAGGGCUCUGUUACCUUUAAUCAUCAAGCAAAAAGCAAUGAAAAUAUUUCUGGAGUAAAGGACAACACGCCUGGCACUGACCCUGUUAAAGACAAGCUGGUAACCUCAGAGACUGGUUCUCAAGAGUCAGCUGUCUCCUACGAUGUGAGCAGUGAGAAAUACGAGGGAACAGUUGUCAAAAUCAUGCCAAAGAAUUCCCAAACCCAGGAAAUGAAGCAGAAGUACAAGCAAGAGCCCAGUUUGGGUCAACUGGUUUCAACAGUGGAGGGCACAGAGAAACGCAUAUCUUUUAAGUCAGGUGAUGUGAUCGCAAAAGCCACCAUGUUGGUCGGUGACAAGGUCCAGUUCAACAUCUCAACCAACAGCGUAACGAAGGAGGAGUGUGCUGUCAACGUGGAUAUUCUGCCAGACACUUUCCAGGCGGACUCUGAAGAGCAACGAAAGAUAGGGUUUGUAGUCAAGCUGGAUGAUAAUUCCGGGUUCAUCAAGACGCAACAAGACCCGCAGCUAUAUUUUGACAUGAGUGAGGUCAUGGAAGAGACCAAACUCGCUUUGUUUGAGAAGGUUGCAUUUACGAUAGUAUCGAAUGAAGCAGCUGGAGGGGGAAAUCAAGCUGUUAGAAUAAGAAGGCUGAAAAAGAACGUCUUCACGUCUGCACCAAAAUUAUAUGCCUUUGGGAUUAAAGAGAAGCAGAAGAAAAUGGCCAUCAAAUUGCUGAAGGAUCCAAAAGACUAUAUCAAAGAUGAGGUCAAAUCAGGGCACAAAAGCAGUGAAUCAAUGGAUGUAGUCAAGCCAAACAAGGGAAACGACAAGGCAUCACCAUCAAUAACACAUCUGAAGAAGGGAAGUGAAAUUAAACAAGAAAAGACUAAACCUAAAGGAGAUCAGGCAUGGAGCAGAAGCAGGGAAGAUAGUCAACACAGGUAUAGUCGCAGCAGAAGCAGAGAGAAUGGUCGACGCAGGUGUAGUCGGAGCAGAAGCCGCAGCCGAGACAGAGGUAGCAACUACUACAGAAGGUGCAGAAGUUCCAGUCGUGAGAAGAGGGACAGCAGAUACAGACACAGCCGUAGUCGGAGCAGAGACCAUUCAGACAGAUACCGACGGAGUCGCAGCAGAAGCAGAGAUAGGAGCGGCCGAAGUGCCAGGAGGAGAAGUCGCAGCCCAGAUCACAGAGAUGAUAGGUAUAAAAAACAAGGCAGCAGUAAAGAGUCCGGCAUCAAAAAAAGAACCGAAAGCCCCAAGGACAAUGUUGGUGAUGAAUUAUUGAGAAAAAGGAGAGAGCUAAUGGAGCUCAAUGAGUUGAUUGCACGCAAGAAAGCUAUUGUCGCUAUGGAGCAAAAUGUAAAAAAAAUUGAGCCUGAGGUUGAGAUAGACAAUGAACGUGGAAUUAAAACAUUUGAUUAUCAACAUGUGCAUCGGGAUACCAUGUGGAUGCCUGACCUAAAACCAGUCAAGUCCAUCUUAAAGAAACAGUCUGAACUUCCAGAUCCUCAAUCUCAGGCUUCUACAAGCAAGGAAACUGCUGCUUUUGUAAAGAGUGAGAGUCUAGACAUACAAAUGGGAUGCCUUUUGAGUGCUUUUGACUUGAAUGUACCCAUCUACUCCAAAUUUAAAAGUGAUUCUGAGAAUAGUUUGACCACUAAAGGGUCUGAUAAAAUACUGUUACCUCAAAGUGAGGAUCCAGAAUUGGUGAGGAAAAAGAAGCAAUUAGAAGAACUAAGUGAGUCAGUAGCACGCAAAAGAGCGAUAAUUGCCAUGGAACAGAAGACCAAAGCUAUUCGAGAUGCACCUGCAAUGGAAAAGGAAUAUGAGUUUGACUCACACUCAUACGACCAGUUUGUAAUGUCUAAAGAGAACUUAUGGAGCUCUGACAUAAAAUCUGAAGUUCAGCCGAAAAAGUCAAUUUUGAAGAAUCGCUCCGAGUUUCUUAGCUCUCAGAGUAACACAACCUCAGCUGAUGAGUAUGGUCAACCAAGUCAAGAUGAUUCUGCUUUUACAAAACCACCCUCUCAAUCAACAGCAGCUGCUCUGUUAGAUAGGUCCUCAAAUCCACAGCCUGUUCAUUCAGAUACUUUGGGCUUAUUCAACAGGCUCUUAGAGUCUUCAGCAACCUUGCGUGUGGCUGAACCUUCCCCUUUUAACAAGGCAGUUGUCCCACAGUCAGUCACGCAAGCAUCCGAUUUAAGAUCUGUACAUGACUCUAAACCUUCCAGAAUGUCCAAACGUUACAAAUCUCAAGAUGACCAGCACAGGGCAUCAUCUCAUCAGACUCAUGACCACUCCCAUAGCAGUAACCCUUCUACAAGUCAGGCCGCACCUUCAGAACAAAAGUGCAACCUUACAACACAAAUGGAGCGCUUCCUUAGUGCUCUCAACAAGGCAGACUCCAGUAUAGUAAGCUCAUUGUUUCAAGAGGCUAGAAAAGAUCUGGCAUUAAUGGGCACCCAGAAGGCCCCUCAACCACACUUAGAUAGCAAUAUUCCUUUCAUGGAUGAGUUAUAUGAUCCUUUUAAGGAAAACGAUGAUGAGGAUCAGCCUCUCUUUAUAGGGAGAGGUGGGAGUAAACAUUUUGUCCGAGAACAAAUUAAAAGCCCUGUGAAGACUGAAACCCGUUUCGAUGACCUCAGAAAAGAUGACCUCUUGCCUCGUGAGAGAGCUGUAAAGGAUGGUAGUGACACUUCUUGGCUUUUUGGAAUGCAAUAUAAUGUAGAACCUACUGCAAAAGCUGAGAGUAAGAAACCCUAUGGUCAUCAGUUGGUUGCAGAUAAUUGGAACAUGCAUGAAGAAGAUCCAAAUCGCUUCAAGCGAAGGAAUCAUUAUGAAGGGGACACUGAUUUGUAUGUAACAGAAAGCAAACGUUAUGCUGAUGACGACAACAAUCUCUAUAAGGAGCAUAGUCAGUCUGUUGAAUACCAGAAUGUCCAUCCAAAUGUCCAGCACUCUUACGUACAGGACAGUGAGAUGCCUGAUAGCAAGUUUAACAAAAGCAUAGCUUUUCAGCAGACUGAAGAAAGCAAUGAAGAUAAAGACAAAAAGGCAGAGCACUUUGAAAAAAUUCAGAGUCUUCUUCAAACAGUUGGACUUCAUCUAGACACAGCAGAGGUUAGCAAAUUGGCAGAUAGGACAAAAGAGCGGUUGUAUGGUAAGACGAUAAAACCUCAUAGUGCAUCCUUUGACCAAAAAAGGGAGCAAUCAAUGAGUGGAUCAGAGCGAAGGGGUAGAAGUAGGGCAGGUUCCUCGGACUCCGAUGGCUUCCGUUCUGUUUCCCCAGCUCAGUCCUCUAAUCGUAAGGUUUACAUGAGCUACAAGGACUCUGUUAAAUACAGAGAUGAGCACAAAGUGGAAGAUGUAGACCUAACUGGCCUUAAAAGAACCGUCAUGAACUUGAAAUCAACAAAAGGCACACAAGAACCUUCCAAACCUUCAUCUGAGUCGACAACAGUUUCUGAAGUUUCAUACCAACCUGCAUCCACAUAUGGUAUAUCCACAGCUCAACCUGGCAGUUCCCAGUAUGCUCAAAAUUCCACCAUUCCCACUUUAACGUCACAAUAUUCCUACCAUAGUAAUGAACAAAAUCUUUGGGGUUCUGCCUCUGCUUUGGAUAGCAGUCAGAACACUAAUUUGCAGUAUCUUGCAUACCCCUAUGGCUUUGUACCUCCACCCCCUAAUCUAUGUUAUGCCAGUGGUUUGCAAGCAGUGGCUCAACAUAUGAUGUCUGCCUAUAGUUCAUACCCUACACAAAUGGGCAAUCCUUAUUCUGUGCCCCAUCCACUCACCAUGCCAAUUCCCUAUGGGCCCCCACCUGUCUCCAACCCUCUCCUCCUCUCUUCCACGAAUUUGUCGUACCCUACCCUACGUGCUGGUCAUAACCUAAUUGACAUAAAGACACAACCUGUUAGGUGUCUCAAAACAAUAGAAAUGACAAAAACAGUGAAAAUGGAAGAAGUAAUUGUGUCAGUUAAUUCUAAAGCAAAGCCAAAAAGAAAAGCGAGAAAGAAAAAGAAAGCAAUGAACACUCAAGCAAAUAACAGUCCAGCAAAAAGUUUGCAGGAGGCGGCAGGGAUAAAACUGGUUUCUACCAUAACCGAGGAUGACAUCAAGGCUAAACAGAAGAAACGGCUUGAACAGUUUAACCAGAGAAUGAAGCUGAAGAAAGAGCAGCAAAUGGAAGCCCAGCGAUCACGUGGACAAAAUCGGAAUUCUGCACCAGGUACAAGUACCCCCAGUGAGAAAAAAAAUGUGUGGAUUUGUGGCCACUCUCUGGUGUUUUGGGCUGAGAAGAGGGCUACCUCCCCUGAGUUCGGUAUGCAGUUGGGCAUGCACCCAGACAGCGUACGAAUCUGGUGGAAGGGUGUGCAGGGCAUGAAGUGGGAACAGCUCUUGCCUUUACUGCUCCAGCUCAAAGACAACUGGCCCAAACCUGACGUGCUUAUAAUCCACUUGGGGGGAAACGACAUCAGCACAACCGCUCCAGAGGCCUUCAUUGAGACUGUGAAGAAAGACCUGACCUCAAUGAAGAGCAUAUUCCCUGAAUGCCUGCUGGUGUGGUCCAAUACCCUUCCACGACAAACCUGGAGGGGUUCAGAAGAUGGCAAAGAAAUGGACAUCAUACGCUCGGCCAUCAAUGACAGCAUACAUCAAAUUAUGACUGAACGUGGUGGCUCUGCUUUGAGCCAUAACAACAUUAAGCCAGAUUUGGGACUUUAUAGACCAGAUGGUGUUCACCUCUCUGGUAAAGGCAUUGAUACCUUCAAUCUGAAUUUACAGGACUUUCUGGAGAAGUGGGAAAGUGAGACUGAGACAAAGAUGGAGACAUCUGACCCAUCUGUUUAAAAAAAAAAAAAAAUGAAAUUCCUGAAAAUGUCAUUUGUUUUAUUCUGCUAAUGCAGAUGCCACUUAUAAAUUGCCAUUUCUGUCUUGUGAUUGUGUUUAUUGUUGUUCUUUUGUAACUUAUAAAUGCAUUGUAAUACAGCCUAGAAUGAAAUGUAAUCUGACUUUUUUUCUAUGCAUGCAAACAUUUUGUUCAUCUGUUAGAUAAAGUUUUUACAUACUUUGUUUUAUGUAUUCAGUUAAGUAUCAAAUAAAAAUGAGAAAAUUUUAUCACUUUA